UCAAAAACUUCAGGGUGGUUCAAUGGGAAUCCGGCAACUGUACUGUACUUUGUAUAUAGGAUAAAAUGGGGAUUUCGCGGUUCCUGAAAUCUGCCCUAGCAGGAAUUCCCAUUGGAUUAGCCUUCCUGGACAUUGUAGGAUAUGUUGCACGAGUCGAAGGAUCCUCCAUGCAACCAGCUCUCAAUCCCGGUCAAAAGGAUACAGACUAUGUCUUCCUCUCGCGCUGGAGUGUUCGGAAUCUCGAGGUAAAUCGCGGGGACAUCGUGAGCCUUGUUUCACCCAAAAAUCCCGAUCAGAAGAUCCUGAAGCGUGUUCUGGCACUCGAGGGUGAUGUAAUCUCCACUAUUGGCUACUACAAGCCCUUCGUCACAGUUCCCGAGGGACAUUUUUGGAUUGAGGGCGACAAUACAAGAAAUUCCCUCGAUAGCAACACAUUCGGUCCCAUUGCUUUGGGUCUCUGCCAAGCGCGGGCUGUCUGUAUAGUGUGGCCCCCAUCGCGGUGGCAAUUCCUCCCGUCGGAAUUACCCCAGAAGCGUCAACCCAUCGUGCGGAGAGACACAUAAUCUGCUUAGUUUUCUUUAAUUUUGUCUAUAUUUAUGGUAAUAAAUUAGCUAAAAUUUAACUCAA